UUUUUUUCUUCUUCUUCUCUCUCUCUCUCUCUCUCUCUCUCUCUCUCUAACUCUUUCCUGGUAUACCGAAGUCUGACUUGGUCCUCUGGCAUUGACUGGAUUCUCAGGCGGCCCACUCCGGCCACAUGGCUUAGUCGGAGAUCGGCUAGGUGCAGGCAAUGGGGAUUUUAGGGAUCAAGAAGGGUUUACUGAUAAAUCGGGUUUUUGCAGAAUUGUCCCAAAAUUUUAGCUUUGAGGACAAAACUGUAGGGUUUAUACAUGAAUCUGUAAACUAGAGUGCACAGAAGUGUCGAUGUGAUUUGAUUGCCCCAAAUUUCAAUGAAUUCGACAAAGAAUUCUGGGAGGGGAUUUCUGGUUCCACCGGAAAAUGAUGUCAAGAUUCGGGGUCCUUGGAUGCCGGUAACACCAGGAAAGCCAAUUCUGGCAAGAUCAAACGGUAUCCCACUUGAAAGGCAUGGAAAUCAUCAUCAACUAGGGAAAGCAAAUUGGCAUGAACUAGUUGGAUUUGCAAGUCGAAAUUUACGACAAACGAUGAAUUACUAUGGAGCUGGUCAGAAUUUCAAUCUAGCUGGACUAAUGGGUGAAAAUGGGAGUUCUUAUAACUUGAAUGUUCCUCAAGCUGAGAAGGGCGGGUUCAGUCAUCAAAAUGGGAUUUCUUAUGACUUGGGUGUUGCUCAGGGUGGUUUCCGUUGUCAAAAUGGUAUUUCUUAUAAAUUGGGUGUUCCUCAAGCCAAUAAGGGUGGUUUUAGUCAUCAAAAUGAGAGUUCUUAUAACUUGGGUGUUCCUCAACCCGAGAAGGGAGGUUUCACUCAUCACAAUGGGAGUUCUUAUAGCUUGGCUGUUUCGGGUGUUCCACGAGCAGAGCAGGGCAGUUUCAGUCACAAUGUUGGCUUCUAUACACAGACCAUUGGUACUGAUAGUGCAGUUUGGAAUAAUAAUCCUUUGGCAGAACUAUUGGGUAUCAAGAAUGCAGAGUCCAUGGAUUCUGCAAAUGGGAUGUCGAACAAAUGCAUGGAUGAGGAAAACACACCAACUAUUCUGAACUCAUACUCUCAAGUUGACAGUAGUUGGACAGAAGGCAAUUUCACUAGUUUGUUGCUUGGAUGUGAAGAUCACACCCCCGGUUCAAACCAAUUGAUCAAUUCUGACAGAUCAACACAGAGGGCUAACGAUGGAUUUCCUGUCCCUUUGUGGCCCAACUAUAAUCUAAACUUGCCACCAAGAUCAGAAGCUGAUGCAACAUCAAGGAUGAACAAUUCCUUUCCAUUCGCACCAGUCACGCCAGAUCACGCAAAGCAGUUUGAAAACCACCGGCAUUCUGAAAUGUUGAGUUUUUCGGUAGAUGAAAGUUCCAGUCAAGAAAAAGAUAUGACGGAGAAUAUACUGACAUCAAUAGGAAGGGAAGCAAUUGAGAACCGCUGCGAUGAAAUGUUACAAAACAUUGUGGAUUCAUCAUCUGCUGCUGUUUCGAUAUCGUUGAAGGAAAAGAAGAAUUCUGAGCUGGAAGGUGAUCGAGGCACUGACGUGAAUGAAACACCCCAGCAAAAAACACCAAAAAGGAGAAAACAUAGACCAAAGGUAAUAGUAGAAGGCAAACCCAAAAGGACUCCAAAGCCCACGACUCCAAACAACACUGACUCCAAGGAGAACCCAACUGGAAAGAGGAAGUAUGUGCGCAAGAAGAGCCUUGAAGCCACACUAACUCAACGGAUUGAUGCUACAAAUGAAGCUACAGUUUCAACUUUCGAGCCUAGAGAAAAAUCAUGCAGAAAAGUGUUAAAUUUUGACACUGAAAAUGUCAAAAAAGGUGAAAGCCAGGGUAAUAAUCUCCGGGUGGAAAUACAUCAAGAGAAUCAGUCCGCUUCUAAUUUGGAUUCUCAAUCCACCGAAUUGUACACUGGAAUCAACAGCAUAAUUGGAGGAAGUACAUGCAACCUUACCUGUUCCAUAAAUCAAAUGCCAGAGGAACGCAUAUCAUUGCCCCAGGGACAUGCCCCUUCUGUGCCACCAGCUGCUGUCAAAUACAAUACUUUAAAUGACAUUGCAAGAAGAGCAAACAUGAGAGAUUUGAGUCCAUACCCAAAAAGUGACAAAAACGGUUGCAGUCAGGGGCACCCACAUCUCCAAGAAGAAUUGAAGAUGAAUAACCUCCAAGCAAAUAAUACUCACAAAAACCUUGAGCAAAUCAAACAGAUGACAUGGCAGAUACAGAGUACUCCUCAAAUGGUGGAAAGACAUCUGGCCAAUUCAGAUGAAAAGAGAGGAUGGAAGUGGGAAUAUCAUCAUGCAAAUGAGCAGGCAGGUCCCUCUGCUGAAAAUCGGAUGGGUUCUCCAUUUUUGUGCCAGGAGAUGUAUCAAGUAGAUGACCGUAACAGUAAUGGCAGCAUUUUUGGCACCAGGUGUUCAGAAACUCACAAGAAAAGAAGAAUUGAGAAUGGAUUUCAUACAGCAGUAUGUAGCACACCUUGUGUCGCAGUUGUUAAAGAUGAUUUGAGACAAGCUGCAACAGAAGGUAGAAACAGUAGCUACACAAACAAUUAUGCAUCACAAAUCGAUGCCAGAAACACUGAAGGUGACAAAACCUCUAACUCUAAGAAGCCAAAGAAUGGGGUAAAUGGUACUUGUGGUGACUCUCACUUCCAUUCCAUCACUGAUGAGCAUAAUAUGCAGAAGCAACGUGCUGCAUCUGAGCUGCUUUCAAACACAGAAAGGAUAGCAGAUAAACGAUUCAGUAGAUCAACUCAGGCCCACAACAUUACCUCUCCAACUGCAAUGGUCAACUUGAACCUGCCAUCAUCAACUUGGCCCAAAAUUCAUACAUCUGGUUUUGAGCAAGCAAUGGAAACUCUCCUUGCAAAUAUGUCAGUAAAGAGGCAAGACAUGGUGCCAACUUCAGCCAAUCCAGUCUCAUCCAGAGCAAAUAAAGUGCUUUUGCAAGAGCACAAGGACGCCUCACAUGGUUAUCAACAAUACUCCACGAAAGCAAGAGGGAAACCAGAAAAACAGAAACACACAGUUACAAUUGAUGAAAUCACAUGCAGACUGCAAGGUCUAAAUAUCACUGGUAGGAGCAAGGAAACAGAUGGGCAAGAGGAAAAUGCACUUGUUCCUUACAAAGGUGGUGGCACAAUGGUUCCAUUUGAUCCUAUCAAGAAACGCAAACCACGACCUAAAGUGGACCUUGACCCAGAGACAAAUAGGAUUUGGAAACUAUUAAUGGAGAAGGAAGGAAAUGAAGGCACUGAAGUAGAAGACAAGGACAAGGAAAAAUGGUGGGAAGAAGAAAGGAAAGUAUUCCGUGGACGAGCAGACUCAUUCAUUGCACGCAUGCAUCUUGUCCAAGGAGAUAGACGCUUCUCACAGUGGAAAGGCUCAGUUGUUGACUCAGUAAUAGGAGUGUUCCUUACUCAGAAUGUCUCAGACCAUCUUUCAAGCUCUGCCUUCAUGUCCCUUGCAGCAAGAUUCCCCCUCCAGUCAACCACCAUUGACCAAACAUGGUACCAAAGUGGAACAAGCAUUAUGACUGAAGAACCAGAGAUUCAGAUGCUAGACCCGAGUGGAAGCAUGAAAUUUUAUGAGAAGAUAGUAAGGCAACCAGUCUACAGCCAAGCAUCUGUAACAUACCAUGAAUCAUCAGAGCACAGAACAAACUAUUCAAUCUCAGGAACAAGAAGAACAAGUCUAGCAAUUGAGCAUAAGGGCAUAGCAACAGAAAAAGGCAGUUCAUCACAUAAUAAUUUUGACUCCUUUGGCCUUCAAAUCAAUGGGGAAAUCCAAUCCUGCUUAGGGUGCAACUCGGAGGCAGAAGAUUCAACUUGUUCGGACAAAUGUAACAAGAACCAUGGCCCUCCAACAUCUCUUCUAGAUAUGGGGAGAACUGCCUCGUUCCAGGUUCUUCACAGUCCUGUAACUGGGAACUCAUGCUUUGAUGACAGGUCCACACAUUGGCAUUGGCAAUCAGAAAAUGUAGACCACAACCAGCAAAUCCCAAGAUUUGAAAAUUUCGACAACCUCAAAAACUCUUCUACCUUGACCCAACCGAUCAAUUCUUACAUUUCCCAACUGCAAGGACCAAUUGUGCCCCCCAGUCAUUUUCAGUUGCACAUGACACCAGACUUGGCAUCACAGGAAGUAGACCAUUUUGGAACAUUGAGAGAAGAGAGCAUAUUUUCUUUGCCGUCUACUGCUUCUGGAAUGUCUAAGGGAAAAGGUGAAGAUUAUAUGAGUAGAAGGGUAGGACAUACUGCAGAAAGAAUAAGUAAACCUAUUAUCCAACAGAAUGGAGUGCCAAUAAUUCAAACACCAACAAUGGGCUCACAUGCAUUUCUAUCCAGGCACCCGACACACCAAGAAAGUAGCUUACAGUCAGGACCUUGCACUGGAAACGACCAACUUCCUCACAACACUCGUCAACAAGACAGGUUUGGAACCUUUCAACUGGAAAGCACAUUGAUUAAAGAGCCUAUAAGACAUAAUGAGGCAUUUGUCAUGAGGCAAAAUGGCACCAGGCAUCAAGUUCCUAAUGACCCAAAGUGUACCAGACAAGCUUUUGAUGGCGUGGAGGAGAGAAUUACUGUAGUGGAUAAUCAGAAAUUCUUAGAGAACAAAGCAGUCGUAGCAAAUGCAAAAGAGCAAGAGCAGUCAUGUUUUUCAGGUGAGGUAACUACUGGGAUGAGUGUGAAUAUGUCAAAUGCCAAAAAAGGAAAGGUUGAGGAUGAAAAGAGGAAAUCAUUUGACUGGGAUUGCUUGAGAAAGCAGGCACAGCCCAAUGGCAGACGAAAAGAAAGAAAUAAGAACACAAUGGACUCCCUGGACUAUGAAGCAAUACGAUGUGCAGAUGUCAAUGAGAUUUCUAAUUCUAUCAGAGAACGAGGAAUGAACAACUUGCUAGCAGAGCGAAUGAAGGAUUUCCUUAACCGAAUGGUUAGAGAACAUGGAAGCAUUGACCUUGAGUGGUUGAGAGAUGUUCCUCCAGACAAGGCAAAAGAUUAUCUUUUAAGUAUACGGGGAUUAGGCUUAAAAAGUGUGGAGUGUGUGCGGCUAUUAACGCUUCAUCAUCUUGCUUUCCCGGUUGACACAAAUGUUGGUAGGAUAGCUGUAAGACUAGGAUGGGUACCUCUCCAACCGCUGCCUGAAUCGCUUCAACUGCAUCUCCUAGAACUGUAUCCAAUGCUGGAGACAAUUCAGAAAUAUCUGUGGCCCAGACUGUGCAAACUGGAUCAGCGAACACUGUAUGAGCUACAUUAUCAGAUGAUUACAUUUGGAAAGGUUUUCUGCACUAAGAGCAAACCAAAUUGCAAUGCAUGUCCAAUGAGAGGAGAGUGUAGACACUUCGCAAGUGCUUUUGCAAGUGCAAGGCUUGCCCUCCCAGGUCCAGAAGAGAAAAGUAUAGUGAGUUCAACGAUGCCCAUUGCCACUGACAAAGGCCCUCCUGUGGCAAUCAAGCUCAUGCCGCUCCCUCCAGCUGGUAGCAUGGAACCUAAAGAGAUGCAGUCCGUUGUGAGCAAGUAUGAACCAAUUGUUGAGGAACCAACAACACCAGAACCAGAAACUACUGAAGUAACAGAAAGUGACAUUGAGGAUGCAUUCUAUGAGGAUCCUGACGACAUUCCUACAAUCAAGCUCAACAUUGAACAGUUCACACAAAAUCUACAGAACUAUAUGCAAGAGAACAUGGAACUGCAUGUAGGAGAUAUGUCCAAAGCUUUAGUUGCUUUAAAUCCAGAAGCUGCUUCCAUCCCUACACCCAAACUGAAGAAUGUGAGUCGACUACGGACAGAGCAUCAAGUGUACGAACUUCCAGAUUCACACCCUCUCCUAAAAGGGCUGGAUAAACGAGAACCAGAUGAUCCAAGCCCAUACCUUCUUGCUAUAUGGACACCAGGAGAAACCGCAAAUUCAAUUCAACCACCAGAAGGCAGGUGUGGGUCUCAAGAAUCAGGCAAACUGUGCAAUGAGCAAACGUGCUUCUCAUGCAGUAGUGUACGAGAAGCAAAUUCAUUAACAGUUAGAGGGACACUUUUGAUACCAUGCCGAACAGCAAUGAGAGGAAGCUUUCCACUCAAUGGCACGUACUUCCAAGUUAAUGAGAUGUUUGCUGAUCAUGAAUCCAGUCUUAAUCCUAUUGAUGUUCCAAGGGCAUGGAUAUGGAAUUUGCCCAGACGGACAGUGUACUUCGGAACCUCUGUAUCAUCAAUUUUUAAAGGUCUGCAAACAGAGGAAAUUCAAUACUGCUUUUGGAGAGGAUUUGUCUGUGUAAGGGGAUUUGACCAUAAAACAAGGGCACCUCGACCUCUCAUGGCUAGGCUGCACUUCCCCGCGAGCAAGUUGACCAAGACAAAAAAUGAAGACAAAUGAAAAGAAAGCCAUAAUGCAGAGAAGAGUACCAAUUUAAGCCAAAAGAAAGCCACAAUGCCGCAAAGCAUGGAAACAGAUCAGAGACUAACAUAUUGUUGUACAUUCAAUUGUUGCUCCUCUAACAUGAGAUGGAUUCACAUGCAAUUCAAUUCAGGCGGCAGAAAAAAAAAAAAAAAAAAGGAAUAAAUCAAGAUAUUUGAGGAGAUCCCCUCACAAGUAGGCUUUUAGUCUUGUAUAUGAUUCACAUUAUGAUUGUUUCAAUUCAAUGCUCAAACAGAGCCAUUAUUCAAA